AUGAAGCCUGCAUUGUAUAUCAAACCCCAGCAGGAUGACAUGGUUGUGUGUUGGGAUAAGAAAAGGCAGAGCAUCGCUGUCAGAUGCAAGUGCGCCUUGCGUCGAUGUAAGAAAAAGCAACUGCACAUAUUACACCUUUAUGCAGGCGACAAAAGGAUGACUUGCAUUUCCCAUCUGCAGUCGUUCGGUUACCGGGGUCAGGGAACGUCAAAGUCGGCUCCAUCAACUAACCGCCAGCACCUAAAUGCAUUCAGCCAGCUUUUGAAACAAUGGUCAAGCAAUAUUGGCACUCUCUGCUCGCGUUCAGCCAGAUAUUAUUCCCUCGGCCAUUGGUCCCAUUGGUACAGCGGGAGUGGCUCGGUGUUUUGUGAACAGCAUGGUUUCUGUCGAACAAAACCGCCGUCCCACAUCGCCCAGUUCAUGCUUCACCGGCAUCAUGGCGACGAGAGUAUCCCGUUGAUCGGCCUCCCUUUGAAACCAUGCGGAACGAGGCACGUGUCGUUUGACGAAUUGCCGAUAGUAGUUUGCAAACCCACCUCUGGACAUAACCACCCUAACCUGGUAAAUACGACCAAUCCAUGGAGACCUGGAAAGUUGCUCGGAGCAGAUUCCCCAACCACACCAGGCAUGCUCCGUAGAGGUGCGCUCGUUUUUUGCGUCAAUAGUUAUCGUCGUCUAGUAAAUACAGCCGCGGCAAUUUAG